CUUAAUCCACCAAAGAGUACUAAGCACCAGAUUUUUCAUUCUCCUGUUCUUGGUACACAAUUUCCUUCCGACCUCGCGUGCUGUUUUGCUUUCCCUGGUCCUGUAGCUCUCGUGCCACGUUUGGAGAUCAGUUCAGCGUUCUUCUCAUCAGCACGCGAGCUGGCAGUGAUUCGACACAAUGAGCGAAGAAUGCAACGAUGUAUUUUUGCGAAGUAA